ACACAUGACACCAGUGCCUUUGUUUCAUUGGGCUGGGCUCUCUGGAAGGUGUGCUGCUGCCUGAGCUGCUGGAAAAGCACUCACAGGUGUUUGCUAGAAAAGCACUCCUGGAGCUUGCCACCAGCUUGGACUUCUAGGAACUUUCCUCUCAGCCAGGAAGGAUUUUGAUAUUCAUCAGAAAUACCUCCGGAAGAUUCAAGGAGCUGUAGAGGUGAAGUAAGCCUGUGAAGGACCAGCAUGGGAAUCCUAUACUCCGAGCCCAUCUGCCAAGCGGCCUAUCAGAAUGACUUUGGACAAGUGUGGCGGUGGGUGAAAGAAGACAGCAGCUAUGCCAACGUUCAAGAUGGCUUUAAUGGAGACACGCCCCUGAUCUGUGCUUGCAGGCGAGGGCAUGUGAGAAUCGUUUCCUUCCUUUUAAGAAGAAACGCUAAUGUCAACCUCAAAAACCAGAAAGAGAGAACCUGCUUGCAUUAUGCUGUGAAGAAAAAAUUUACCUUCAUUGAUUACCUACUAAUUAUCCUCUUAAUGCCUGUUCUGCUUAUUGGGUAUUUCCUCAUGGUAUCAAAGACAAAGCAGAAUGAGGCUCUUGUACGAAUGCUACUUGAUGCUGGCGUCGAAGUUAAUGCUACAGAUUGUUAUGGCUGUACCGCAUUACAUUAUGCCUGUGAAAUGAAAAACCAGUCUCUUAUCCCUCUGCUCUUGGAAGCCCGCGCAGACCCCACAAUAAAGAAUAAGCAUGGUGAGAGCUCACUGGAUAUUGCACGGAGAUUAAAAUUUUCCCAGAUUGAAUUAAUGCUAAGGAAAGCAUUGUAAUCCUUGUGACCACAUCGAUGGAGAUACAGAAAAAGUUAAAGAUUGGAUUCUAUCUUCAUUUUAGACUGUUGGUCUGCGGGCCACUUAACCUGGAUGCCACCAUUUUAUGGGGAUAAUGAUGCUUACCAUGGUUAAUGUUUCGGAAGAGCUUUUUAUUUAUAGCAUUGUUUACUCAGUGAAGUUCACCAUGGCCGUAAUGCUUCUAAGGGAAAUACUAAAGUUGUUGUAGUCUCCACUUCAGUCAGAAACUGAUGUUUCAGCUAGGCACAGUGGUACGUGCCUGUAAUCCCAGCUACUUGGGAGGCUGAGGUGGGAGGAUCACUUGAAAUCAGGAGUUUGAGAGCAGCCAGGGCAACACAGAGAGACCCUGUCUCAAAAAAAAAAAAAAAAAAAAAAAAAGAGCCCUGGUGUUCCAAACUCAGUCUUUCCUGAAGAAGAGGAUCUGAGUUAUCUUCUGAAACAGCGUUCUCUCUUCCCAGUUGUAUCACUCUUAUAAAAAGACUGUCCAGUCUAUGUCAUGCCCUAGGAGAUAAACUGUUCCUUCCAGCCCCCUUUGAGUACUGAGCAGAAGAAUCAAAUUAUUAAAUAUGUAUGUUUGUAUAGAAUGGUAUGUGUAUGUGUGGGGGCUUAGAGAUUCACCUGUAAAUAUUCCUUUGAUGAAGCAAUUUCAAUAAAAACAUCUAUCAAGUGACAGUAGUGAGUGGGUUUACACCACAGAAAUUGGCAAAUUGACAAAUCAGAAUUGUUUUUUUGUUUUGUUUUGUUUUUUUUUACUUUCUAUAAAGUUUGUUUACCAGCAUACCACUAGAGAUUUUGGUUUAGAAAUAAAAACCAUCUUGGUUUGAGCAAGACUAUGCAACUAUGAAAAUGUUUGUUUAAAACAAUCUUCGUGAUCUUUUUGUAAAUACAAGGUAGUUACUAAGCUUGUUAGUUUUGUUUAUUUUAUUGAUAAAUGUAAAAUAUUAUUGUAACUUAUUUGGAUAAAGUUCUUCAAAAGAAAUAGAGCUAUAUAAUGAGGUAGGAUCUGGAUUAUUUGUCUAAGUGAGAGAUUGUGAAUAUCAAAAUAUUUGUCUCACUUCCUCUGUGAAUGAGACAGAGUAGAAAUAAAUUCACUUAAAAAAUAUGAUUGAAUUUUGAAAAUCAAGACUGAAUCUCACAUAGCUGCAGACAGGGACUAAUCCAGCCUCUGUGUAUGUGGUAACAAGUACAGUCUAAGAAUGAAAGAUUUACCAUCCUUGAAAGCUCUAAUGAAAAUCAAAUCCAGCAAUAUAUAUUUAACUGUGUAAAGGGCUUUAAGAAACUUAUUUUAUGAAGGAAGUAAUAGUGUGUAGAUAUAGAUUCUGAAGUCUUUAAACGUGUCUUAAUAAAUUAAGAUUCACUGGCAUUGAGCUGAGCUACCAGGUGACCCUUGGGGACAAAAAACCCACACAAGUGAAUUUCACACACCGGUAUACCUUCAACAAUAUACUUUUGACACACACAAACCUUUGAUUUGGUUUCAGAGAUUUUGCAAAAUAGUACCAAUGUAAUUUACAACAGUCAUCUUUGAAAUUGUGUACAAGUGGAAUAAUUUUCUGAAGAAAUAAAUCGUGGUUUGUGAAUGAGUUGCAGAGACUGACAUUAACUUUGUUAAGACUAAAGGAUAAAGUAUAUGACAAUGUGUUUCAUCAUGCUCAUGACAUUAUGCAGUUUUCUUCCUAGCUUUUAAUUUUUGGAGGCAGAAAAUUGAGCCAGAAAUUUCUAGUCAUUAGGUCUCCUAGCAACAAGCUGUAAACCCUCCAACAAGCUUGGACUAGAAUCUAGACACUGAAAUGCACAUACAUGCUUUAUGUAAUGCAGAGUGCAUUUAUUGGAGAACUCAUAAACAUCCUAUAAAAUUUUCUUUCCUGAGAUCCAACUAUAAAACUUGGCCUUAUUCUGAGAAUUCUUAACAUAGAUUUCAUCCAUACUGUAACACUGAUUUUGUUGUUGUUGUUGUUAAAGCAGCUCAGCUUCCUGAGGUACUGUUAUGUCUCUAUGGCAACAAGGUGAAAAUGUCUAGCUUAUUUUGUCGAAGUCAACAAUAAUCCAGAGACUGCAGACCUCAAUAUCUGUCCCAAUUUGUCAUUUUACUUUAGUGCUCCAAAAAUAUGGCUUAUAGAAAAAAAAUAAGGGUUUUAAAGAGAUUUACCUGAAUGAUAUAGAGAAUGUCUAGAUAAUUUCUGGCUGUCAGGUAAAACCUACCCUUCUAGAUGGUAGAAUAUAUAAUAGCAUACAAAACUUCUAUUUACCUAAUAAGUACUUCAAUUUACUGAAAAAAAAAUUAAAUGUAAGUGUCAGAUUUAGUGCCAAGUGCAGGGAAUCUGAAAAACGUAUACUAGGUCUCUGCUGUCCAUAAUUCUGCCUUCAUGGGUCCUAGCCCCAUCCCUCAUGAGGUUGUCCUAAGAUUGUCCGUGUCAGAUGCUUCACAAUAUGGCCUCACACCGUCCCUGGGAAAGGUUGGUCUCCUCCUGCUGCAUCAGAUGGAUGAUUUCAUUGUACAUACGGUGAGGAGCAUCCAAACCCCAGAUGAAAUCCACGUGAGCCCAUUCAGGAAUAUUCUUAUGGUAGAUGAGGUUGGUCACCUCAGAGAGCAGCAUUUUCACGUCUUCUGGAUUUGAAAGCCAGUCCUGACCUCCUGUCCACAUUGCUGUAGGGACCAUCAUAUCUCUGACUCUGUACCUUACAGGAGUUGGCUAGAGAAAAGGAAUAGUUCUUAACUCUAGGUAACAUUUGGACUUUCAGACUCGUAAUUUAUGUUUCAAAUAGACAUAAUAAACAUGCCAUCUGUUGUGGUGAAGGGUACAUGGGUGUUAGAGCCACACAACUCUGUUAAGAAUUUCUGUUCCCACCCUUACUUUAAGGUAAAAUUACUUAACAUUACUGAACCUUGGUUUCUUCUUCUGUGACUAGGGAUAAUAUCUAAUAACUUGCUAGAUCAAAUGAGAAAACACAUAAAAACACGUAAUGCCUUGUACUUCUUUUUUCUAUUAAAUAUUUUGUAAAUAAAUUGUUUUUAAAAAUAA